AUUACCAUGAAGGUGGUAGCAGUUCUACUUACAAUAUUCCCACUGAUAUUGUGUCAAAACUUUGAUAAGGCCAAUGUUGGUGUGACUUUCGGACCAUACACAAAGACGAUACAAAAGGAAAAUGGUUUAAUACCAGCUUUUAAUUCAUAUUCAAGAGAAGAACUAACGCGUAUGUUGGCUGUAGUAAGCACCAAGUUCAAACACAUUACAACAAAUGACGUAGGCAUCGCUAGCUUUAACAUAACUAUACCAGUGAGCUAUGCCGACUCCACUGCUUUGAUACCACAAGCAGCUGCUUUUCUUAACAGGGAAAGAAAUGCAAAUGUUAUUGACGUUGCGAUUGGUGUUUUUCAAAAUGAAAAUGAAAAUAUUCAGAAUUCUGAGGUAAAUCUAGCCAUUGAUGUGGCUCAGGACGCUAACGGACGUUUUCCGAACACCGUAUGGGGUUUGAUAUUUACAAACGAUUACGUCAAGGAUGGAAGAACAGCAGAGAAAGUGUUGGAUUUGAUUAGCAACAAUAAAGAUAGAGCAAGGUUAUACAACUUGAAAGUCGGUACAAGAGUGAGCACCUGCGAUCAAAUACUGGAUAUUGAGUCGGAAUUAUAUGAAAUUUUAUCAGAAAUUGCGCAAGAAAUUGACUUUAUCAUGUGCAAUGUCUACCCCAAUAGUAGUGUUGUGCAGGAUGGCAGUCAACAAGCUGUCGAUGCUGUUGGAAAUUUCAUUUUAUCUGUAAAGAAUGUCUUCAGGAAUAUCAACGAAAAGAUUGAUGUUAUGAUCGGCGAAACUGGCUGGCCAAGUGAAGGAUUAUCGCUCAACGGAUCACCGAAUUCAAUCAAGAAUUUUCAAGCGUAUUGGACGGGAAUGAAUGAAUGGGCGAAAAGGAAUUCAAUUCGCACUUAUAUGUUUGAAGCCUUCGACGAGCCGUACAGAAGUGUCACCACAAGUGACGCUCACUAUGGCUGGUGGUACCGACAGAGUAAUGAUGACGAAGUUUAUGUGGAAAAGACAACAAAUGUUCAUGUACGCGGGUAGAGUUGUGUCAAGACCAUGAAAUAAAUGUAUUCGAGUUAAAUAUUUGUCCAGCUUUGCGCAAUAUUGAGGAAAACGCGCAUUCUGC